AGUUGGGACAUUGUAAAUGGUGCAAAAUUGGAAAACACAUGGUUUUUAAAAUUAUAUACAUGCAAUUUAAACCAAUCAACAGCAAGUUUGAACUGGAUGCUGGCAAAUAUAUAUAUGUUAACGUCAUUUGCAUCUUAUUAUAUUCUUCCCAUGAACCUUCAUUGUUGAGGUACUAUAUGCGAUGAAAUCUCCCAAUUGGCAUAAACACUAAAUAAUUUCACACAUAAGAACAUGUUGAAAUUAGCAGUUAUCAGUUUAACCUGCACAACACUGGUUAUUUUAUUUUUAUUUAGAAUGUCAAAUAAUCCCAUCCUCUGUAAACCUCCAGUACUAGUGGAGCGGGGGAUCCUCGCGGAUGGGAACUCAACAGAGGAUGAUUCAAUAAUGUCACAGCAUCUCCAAGUCGACGCCGUCCUCCACUAUGCCACGUCGCGUGUGACACCUCAACAAACAAUAGACGAGAUAAAGAUAUCCUUCGACAUCCUCAAAUCUCUAACCCCUUGUAAUUUUCUAGUAUUCGGGCUCGGUCACGACUCGUUUAUGUGGUCAUCCAUAAAUCCACGUGGCACGACGUUAUUCCUAGAGGAAGAUCCGAAAUGGGGCCGGGCCAUACUCAAAGACCUCAAGUUCCUUCGUGCCAACAAGGUGAAUUUCCGGACAAAGUUGUAUGAGGCGGAGAAAUUAAUCGAACACUACCAUAAGGAACCGGAUUGUUGGGCUAGGAAAUCAUUUCUAAAAGGUAACCAUAAAUGUAAGCUAGCAUUGGACAUGUUAUCAGAUGAAGUGUACGAUAAAGAAUGGGACGUAAUUAUGAUAGAUGGUCCUAAAGGCUAUUUUGAUCAAGCGCCAGGACGAAUGUCAGCUAUUUAUUCUGCUGCUGUUAUGGCAAGAAAUAGGAAAAGACCUGGGUUUACACAUGUAAUCUUGCAUGAUGUGGAUCGUGACGUAGAGAAAGUUUAUGCACAGCUAUUUUUGUGUAGGAAAAAUUUGGUCAACGGUGUAGGAAGGCUUUGGUAUUUUCAGAUUCCGCCACCUUCUGAUAACAACACCAGUUUUUGCUAGAUUAAUUUGUAUUCUUUAUUUUUAAGUGUUGCGUAAUUUACUUUUUCCUAACAAUUUAGGAGAGAGACAGUUUGUGUUUUGAUCAAUUCAUUUAAGAAGGUGUUUUUUAAA